AUGAUCUUUGAUGUUGCUAUGGCGCGCUCUUACUUCUUUCGAGAAUUUCUCGGCGCUAUUGGUCCUCUGCAAGUCUGUAUCGUGCUCCUCAAGUUUCUCCUCAUUGUUUUUGAGGAAGUGCCGAAGCGCAGCCUCUACCAGUCAUCGCAUCUGCAAUCCACAGUCUCUCAAGAAACGCCUUCUGGCUUCUGGAACAGGUCUCUAUUCAUCUGGCUCAAUCCGCUUCUGGUUUAUGGUUGGUUCAACAACUUUACCCAGGACAACUUGCCUGGGAUUGGUGACGAGUUCGCAUCCGAAAAGCUUUUCGAUCAUUUCCAACCACACUGGUACAAAGUGUCAAAAUUGUCCAAGUACUGCCUGAUCAUUGCGCUGCUCUCCAGUCUUAGAUGGCAAUUUUCUCAAGUGAUGAUACCGCGGCUCAGCUUCGUUGGAUUUAUGAUCGGGCAACCUUUUCUGCUGCAGCGUACUGUUGAGGCGGUGAGCGGAGGCCAUGUUGACAUCAACACCGCCAGUGGCCUCAUAGGUGCUUGCGCUUUGAUAUACGUUGGCAUUGCAAUCAGCAGAGCACUCUUUGAACAUUGGGAAUACCGCCUGGUAACAUGCAUUCGAGGAGUUCUCAUCGUAGCCAUCUACGACAAAAUGUUGCGUCUUAAAGUCGACGACUUAGAAAACUCCGCUGCCGUCACUUUGAUGAGCACGGAUGUUGAUGGAAUCGAACAGCUUAUCUCUAUGGCAUAUGAGUCUUGGACAUGCGUCAUACAACUUGCUCUAGGAAUUUGGCUCCUGUACAGAUUUGUUGGACCAGCGUGCUUCCUCAUUUUUAUUCCCACCCUGUUCACUUUUCUUGGGUCCCUUAUUACUGCCAGAGUUAUUGCAAAGAUUCGUACUGCGGGAAAUGCGGAAACGCAGAAGCGUGUUGCGGCGACCUCGAAUAUCCUUGCUCAGAUGAAAAGCAUCAAGGGCAUGGGGCUCUCAGGCGCUAUGACGGCCUUUAUCGCACGCAAGCGCGAAUUUGAGCUCAAGGUUGCAAUGAGAGAGCGCUACUCCGUCCUUUGGGUCUUCGCAUUUGGCGCAAUCAACUAUACGAUAACGCCGGCACUUGUUUUCGCCGGUGCUUAUUUUUGGACGCGAGCGGAUAACAAGAUGACUAUUUCCGAAAUAUUUACGAUUCUUGCCAUUCUUUCCAUUUCCACCAACCCUUUGAUCAGUUUGUUCAGAUCAAUCACAAAAUGGGCCGCCGGGGCUGCAUCCAUUGGGAGAAUCUACGAUUACUUCAUGCUCCAGGAGCUACAGGAUCCUCGUGACGUGCCAGGUCGGACUGCGGAUCUCACCGACGGCCAAGAGAAGUCGUCUACACCACAAAGAAAGCCGUUUGCCGUCGAAUUCAACGGCGUAUCUGUGGCAGUCCCCAUCGCUGGCCUUAUUCUUCAAGACAUUAGUUUACAAAUUCCAUGGGGCAAUUUAGCAAUUUUGUGGGGGCCUAUUGGCUGUGGUAAAACUACAUUUCUCAACGCUAUCUUGGGCGAGCAAGAGCUGAGCACUGGGACUGUGUCUGUCGGCUCGAAGAACGUUGCCUUCUGUAACCAAGAAACAUGGAUCCCAAACAGCACGAUUCAAGAAGCUGUAAUAGGACAGCUGCCGCUUGACAUGACACGAUACAGAGCGGUCAUUAGAGCAUGCGCCCUUGAUGUCGAUAUUUCAGAUCUGCCCGACGGAGACAAAACGAAAACUGGGAGUGGUGGCUGCAAUUUGAGCGGCGGACAGCGACAAAGACUGAGUCUCGCGCGGGCUGCCUAUACGGAAGAGGAAAUUAUCGUUGUUGAUGACGGCUUCAGUGCUGUAGAUCCGGAGACCGCAGGGACCAUUUUCGAGCGACUGUUUGGCCCUAGUGGUAUGGUUCGUGCCUGGAAUUGCACUAUCAUUAUGACAACAAACAGACUCGAUCUGUUGCAUUACGCUGAUCAAACUCAUCAAUUCGCCAAGGAUGGUCGCGUUACUCAGAAGGAUCCCAAUGAAUACGAUGGGGCUGCAGAAGGUUUUGAAAGCAGCGGGAACGAAGAUUCCGCAGCAAACCCAGCCCAGCCUGUGGCGGAGAUCAGCGACGGCGAGGAUCCCGAUAUGCCUCAGGUCCAGGCCGAGGAUGAAGAAGUUCUAGACGAAUCCAGAGGCAAACUCGGUGAUUUUUCUCUCUAUUCUUACUACCUUGGGUCAGCCGGGCACAUCGUCCUUUUUGCUUGGUUAUUAUUCGCCAUGACAGCAGCAGUCGGUGAAUGGUCGCCAGUCAUCUACUUGAGGGUUUGGUACUCAAAGUCGCCCGAUAACCCAUACCCAUUCAUUGGAUACUGCGCAAUCGCGAUUUUGUGCAUAAUUCUCAAUGUUUCGAGUGGCGCAUACUACUUCACAUUCAUCUUCAAGAAGGCGAACAAAGAGCUACAUCACCGCCUCCUACAUGCGGUUAUGGGUGCAACACCGCAGUACCUGAACGAAACCGAUUCGGGCGUCCUACUCAACCGAUUUGGACAAGAUAUCUCUCUCAUAACGCGUAAACUGAGUCUUCUUGUGAACCAAUUUGUUUUCUUGUUCUUCACCGUCCUCGUGGAGAUGGUAAUAAUUGCCGCUGGUUCCGCUUAUGUUGUACCCGUCAUGGCACUCCUUCUCGCGCUUUUAGCUGUCAUUCAGGUGUUCUACCUUCGAAGCUCCAGACAGCUGCGACAAAUCGAACUAGAAUCAUCUGCCGCCCUGUUCACGCUCUUUACGGAGGCGAGCGAAGGUGUCCAGCACAUUCGCAGUUUUGGUUGGCAGCAGCACUUUCGCCGAGAACUUUACGCCAAACUGGACCGAUCUCAGAAACCAACCUAUCUGCUCUACUGCAUCCAGCGCUGGCUAACACUCAGCUUGGAUAUUACCUCUGCUGUUACCAGCGUUAUUCUGGUGAGCGUAACGACGUCGCUUCCCAGUCAGACAACGUCGGCCGCGGUAGGGCUAGCGAUGCUCGGCCUCAUGGGAUUCAGCGAGACUGCAAAUGUUUUUAUUCAAAGCUGGACAUCAGUCGAGACUGGACUUGGCGCGGUUCGGCGCAUCAAGCUCUUCGUGAUGAACACACCCCAAGAAAAAGACACUCUCUCCGCCCCGCCUGUCCCUGACAAUUGGCCGACUGAGGGAAAGCUAGAUUUCAACUGUUUGACAGCAACCUACAGGACGGCUGACGGCACCGAAAAUAAGGCCGUUGACAAUCUUACCGCCACCAUCUUGGGAGGUCAGAAAGUCGGGCUGAUGGGCCGCACAGGAAGUGGAAAAUCGACAGUGUUAUCCGCCAUCCUUCGUAUGGUGGACUGCAACGGCAGCGUCAGCAUCGACGGGCGCGACACUCGAACGGUGCCCCGAGAGCUUCUCCGUUCGCGCAUCACAACCAUAACCCAAGAUGGUCUCCGUCUGAAGGCACCGCUUCGCUUCAACAUGUAUCCUUUCGAUGCCCGAGGCGGCCUAGAUGCCAACUACACCGCAAUGCGGUUCUCUGCCAGCCAAAAGCAGCUUGUUUAUAUUGCGCGUGGAAUUCUGCACCAAGCGAAGACCGGCAACAAGAUUGUGAUGAUAGAUGAAGUGACGAGUAGCAUGGCGACAGAUGCAGAACCUGAGCUACAGCGACUAAUUGAUGUGGCAUUCAAUAGUUGCACGAUCCUAGUUGUUUCACAUCGUCCGGAAUCUUUCCAGACGGCGGAGAGCGUCCUUCGAUUCAAAUUUGGCGUGCUUGACAGCGUACUCUACAGGCAGAGUAACGGGGACUUCGCUGAGGUUGAGACUGAGUGA